AUGGCUGAGUUCGACGAGCGAGUAGAGGAGCUCGGGAGUCUCGAAGCGAUCUACCCAGAAAUCCGCAUCGAUCACGAGACUUGCUUCGCGACGCUCGAGUUGGCCGUCACGCCGUCGACGCCACUACUCGUUCGAUUCGUUCCUGACAAGUCACCAACCGCCGCGAGUCCGACGUAUGCACAAGCUACGGUGAACGCGCAUGUCGAGCAUGAUGUCAAGCUAUCGCACCUGCCUUCAUUGAUCCUGCAAGUCUUGCUUCCUCCGUCAUAUCCAGUCGAUGCGCCGCCGAAAGUACUAUUGUCGGCGGACCAUGCGUGGUUGCGGAAAGAGAAGUUGGAUGAGCUAGAAGUGGAAGCUGCGAAGGUAUGGGAAGAGUACGGACGAUGUCAGAUCCUAUUCGCAUACAUCGACUUUCUGCAACAAGCAGCCGAACGUGCUUUCGAUAUCGAUCAGAGUGCUGAAGGAUGUCUCGUCCUUCCAGCAUCAGCCGAGAAGACCCUCGUGGCUUUUGAUGAAGCGACAGAGCUGGCUGUGUUCAACACCGGCCACUACGACUGCGGUAUCUGUCUCGAGCCGAAGAAAGGGUUGGCAUGCUACAAGAUGAAGCGCUGUGGACACGUUUUCUGUCUACAGUGCCUACAGGACUUCUACAAUAACGCCAUCAUGGAAGGUGACGUGGCAGUAAUUCGAUGUCUCGAUCCAACAUGCGGUGUAGACCCAAGCGGCAAGAAGAAGCGGAAGCGCGAACGCACACUCCACCCUCGAGAACUCCUAGCCAUGCGGAUAGAAGAACCCGUAGUCCGCCGUUAUGUCGAAAUGAAACGCAAGAAGAAACUCGAAGCGGACAAAAACACUGUAUGGUGUCCAAGAACAUGGUGCCAAGGACCCGCCAAAAGCGCAAAUUACGUCCCCUUACCUACAGACCUGACCGAAUACAUCGCCUCUGACGACGAGAACUCAGACAACGAUGCCGAAACCCGCCACGACUCCACAGCCACCACCCCACCCAAGAAAGACCCAGCCUCAGGCCUCGACGUCGACCGCCUCGCCGUCUGCGAAAAGUGCUCCCUGGCCUUCUGCCGCGUCUGCUACAUGGGCUGGCACGGCCCCUUCAUCCGCUGCUUCCCGCGCAACGCCGGCGACCUGACCGUUGAAGAACGGGCUUCCUACAACUAUAUCCGCCGACACACCUCGCCUUGCCCAUCCUGCGGCUCCCCAACCCAGAAGAUCCACGGAUGCAACCAUAUGACUUGUUUCCAAUGUGGAUCGCAUUUCUGUUACUUAUGUGGUGCGUGGUUGAAUAAGGAGAACCCGUAUAUUCAUUUCAAUACUACGGGACGGGAGUGUUAUCAGCGGUUAUUUGAUCUGGAACAGGGGGAUGAAGCGGCGGAGUUGUUGCAGGGGGAGGAGGGACGGGAGGCGGGGGAGAGGUUUGGGGGGAUCAGGAGGUUCGAGAUGAUGGCGCUUGAGGUUGCGAGGGAGGCGGAUGAGAGGGAAUUGGCGGAGAUGGCUGGGGAGGAUGGGGAAGGGGAGGUGGAUGAGGCGACCCAGAGGCAGAGAGAGCUUAGGGCUGCGGCGUGGGAUGUUGUGGUUGCUGAGCCAAUUGUUGUUGGCUUGGCGCAGGUGCAGCUCAAUCCUCCUCCUCAGGCACCUGAUCCCCAGCCCCAGCCACAACCACAAGCUCGUGCCCCGCCGCCACAGCGAGCACGACGGAAUCCUUUCCCCGUCCGGCCGGGUGUUGGCGGUGCAGCGGACGCCGUGCGUCGACACGAACGCGCAGCAGCGGCACUACCACCACGGAGACGACAAGCUCCUCAUGCUGCGCUAGACGAUGACGACCGCUUCCGUGGCGAAAUCCAGCGCUUUCUUCGGAUGGCGAGGGAUGAUACGGAGGAUGCUUGGGAUAGCGAUGAGUUGGAUGAGGAUGAUGGGAGAUUGCAGAGAUAG